AUCAUCGUGUACUCUACUGUUCUCUGUGCGGAGAUCCGCUGCCUCAAUGUAGAGCAUCAAGCAGCUUCCCUUCUUCGCACUCUCCGCGGACAUUCCCAUCGAUUCCUUCCGUCCAUUUCCAUUCCCUCGGUUGUUUCUGCACUAAUCUUUCUUCGCAGGACUCGAUUUCUAGGGUUGUGACCCGCCGUGAACAGGUUGGAGGCUUCUUCCACCUUCGAAUCGUCAGGAAAGUUGGCGCCUCGGACCUGUUCCGGUGGAACGAUCCGAGGCGAUCUUUUCCAACCAGGGUUCUUGCUGACUGCCAUCGGAUGUCGGAAAGACGUGCUUUUGAUCCGGUUUUCACCGUCUUCUGAGGCCUUUUGGUCCGGUGUAGAGGCCGCUUUGUCCAACAAGGGUUCAAAUUCUUUGGUUGGAUCUUGUGGGGACUCUGCUUGUUGUGAUCCUUCUGGUUUGUGAUAAGCGAGAGGUCAGGAGCUUUAUGUUUGGUUUCUAGGCUUAGAAAAAUGGACAGUAUGGAUGUCAAUAGCUGGCAGGAGAUGAUGCGGAAGAUUUUGCCUCCGGGCACCCCCAUUCCGGAGGCGCCAGCCAACCUCGACUACUCCAUUGCCAUCGAGUAUGACGGUCCACCAGUGUCGUAUGAGCUUCCGAGAGUUGACCCGGUGGAUUUGAUUCCAACCGCGGAGCCUGCACUUAGUCGUCGUAGGUCAGCGAGCGGAACCCUUUCCCCGGGGCUUGAUCCAAUCCCUUUGCCUGUUUCUCGGAUUGCUCACUGUGCUGAUCACCCAUCCCGAAGUCCCCAGGACUCAGGAAGCUCGGAAUCUGUAGAUUCGGUCCUGCAGAAUGAAGAAUUUUCUGAUGCCUCACACUCGGUAUCUCCAGUGUCUGCACAUAGCUUGCCGAAUGAGCAACCUAGCCAACUGGUUAACGAGGGGAGGAGGGCGUCUGUGGUUACUUUUGAGGAGAACUCAGAAAACAAGAAGCUGUACCAUGAUUUUUCAGGUUCUCCCCAAUAUGUUGGUGUCACCAGGAAGGAUAAGAGGAAAAAGGUUUGUUAUAGAUGCGGGAAGAGGAAAUGGGAGAGCAAAGAAGUCUGUCUGGUUUGUGAUUCCAGGUACUGCAGCUAUUGUGUGCUCAGAGCAAUGGGAUCAAUGCCAGAGGGGCGCAAGUGUGUCGGUUGCAUUGGCCAGCCUAUUGAUGAGUCAAAGCGCUCAAAACUAGGAAAGAGUUCAAGGACAUUGUCCCGUCUUCUCAGUCCACUGGAAGUCAGGCAGAUUUUGAAAGCUGAAAAGGAAUGUCCCACAAAUCAACUCCGGCCGGAUCAACUUGUUGUGAAUGGACUCCCACUUAGGCCAGAAGAGAUGGCAGAGUUACUUAGUUGUCCAAUACCACCUCAAAAAUUGAAGCCUGGGAGUUACUGGUAUGACAAAGAAUCAGGCCUCUGGGGAAAGGAGGGAGAGAAACCUGAUAGAAUCAUUAGUUCUAACUUGAAUUUCACCGGGAAGCUUCAGUCUGAUGCGAGCAAAGGAAACACCCUAGUCUAUAUUAAUGGCAGGGAGAUCACAAAAGUUGAAUUAAGGGUGUUAAAGCUUGCUAAUGUGCAAUGUCCACGUGAUACACAUUUCUGGGUGUACGAUGAUGGUCGUUACGAGGAGGAAGGACAAAAUAAUAUCAGGGGAAAAAUAUGGGAAUCGACAAUAACAAGAUUGGCAUGUUCUUUGUUUUCCUUACCUGUACCACAUCCAGUUCCAAACGGACUUAAAAAUGAGGCUCCCUAUGUACCCAGAACUAUACCUGAUUACCUUGAACAGAGAAGAAUCCAAAAGCUUUUGCUUCUUGGACCACAGUGGUCUGGGACAAGCACAAUCUUUAAACAGGCAAAGUUUUUGUAUGGAAAAAAGUUUUCUCAAGAAGAAUUGGAGAAUAUCAAGCUAAUGAUACAAAGCAAUAUGUACAAAUAUCUUAGUAUUUUACUCGAGGGCCGAGAGCGCUUUGAGGAGGAGGCUUUAGCUUUAGUUAAACCAAAAGGAACAGGCUCAUAUGAUCAACAUCUUACUCAAGGAUUUCCAGGUCAAGAUGAAAAUGGAGCUCAGCAGAUAAAUCAAUGUGUCUACUCGAUAAAUGGAAGGUUAAAGCAGUUCUCUGAUUGGCUUUUAGACAUCGUCGCCAUGGGAGACUUGGAUGCCUUUUUUCCUGCUGCAACACGUGAAUACGCUCCAUUGGUUGAUGAGAUGUGGAGAGAGCCUGCCAUACAAGAAACAUAUAAGAGAAGAAAUGAGCUCCAUUUUCUUCCAGAUAUUGCUGAAUACUUCUUGAGCAGGGCAGUUGAGGUAUCAAGCAAUGAGUACGAACCUUCAGAGAAAGAUAUACUGUAUGCUGAAGGAGUAACUCAAGGGAAUGGGUUGGCAUUUAUUGAGUUCUCACUUGAUGACCACAGUCCAAUGUCAGAACUCUAUAAUGACAAUCCUGACACUCAUUCCCAACCACUUACUAAAUACCAGCUGAUUAGAGUAAGUGUCAAGGGGAUGAAUGAGGGCUGCAAGUGGGUGGAAAUGUUUGAGGAUGUCCGCCUAGUAAUAUUUUGUGUGGCACUUAGUGACUACGACCAGUUGGCAGCUCCUGUUAAUGGGAGCAAUAAGCCUCUCCAGAAUAAGAUGGUGCAAAGCAAGGAGUUGUUCGAGGCAACAAUCAGGCAACCAUGCUUUCGUGACACUCCAUUUGUUCUUGUACUCAACAAGUAUGACUUGUUUGAAGAGAAGAUAGACCGUGUACCCUUGUCUGCUUGCGAGUGGCUCAGUGAAUUCUCCCCAGUGAGGAUUCACCAUAACAACCAGUCACUAGCCCAACAGGCCUACUAUUACAUCGCCAUGAAGUUUAAAGAGCUAUAUUUCUCCUUCACCAACCGCAAGUUGUUUGUAUGGCAAGGGCGGGGUCGCGAUCGUCCGACAGUGGACGAGGCCUUCAAGUAUAUACGAGAGGUGCUCAAGUGGGCCGACGAGAAAGAGGAGACCUAUUACCUUGAAGACUCGUUUUAUAGCACCACGGAAGUGAGUGCCUCACCGUUUAUCAGGCACGAAUGAUCAAACUCAAGCCCUCCUAGAUUGUAAUGUUGUGUAUAUUGUCAGUCUUGCAGUCAUUUGGUGUAUAAUUCAGUUAGAUUUCUCUGGUUUCUGAAGUCUCUUCUAAUGAUUUAUUCCUUUUUCUUUUUUCCUUCUGUACAAUGCGGUAUUAAUCUUGAAUUGUAAUGAAUUAGUUCCCUUAUGGUGGAAGAACCCAAAAAUAGAGAUAUGCAGGUGUCCAUGAGUGUUGGCAAGAUGUGAAACUUACACAA